UAGGUGUUGGGUCCCAUGAAAAAUGUUCCAAGGUUUUUUUUAUAACCUAGGCUCAUGUCUGGAGAAGUGAUCGAGCCAUUUGAACACACGCUAACAAAUAUUAAGAUAGAAGUUCAAAGUUGUCAGAAUCAGAGUGAAUUAUCUGGAUGUAGGAGAAUUAGAGAGAGAAAAACAUUGGGGUCAAUGUCAGACACAACCUUGUACAGCAGCUCAUAGUUGUUAGGGUCGGUGUUUUAUCAGGGUGUAGUGGAAGAAGAAAAACAUUGGGGUCGUUGUCAGACAUAACCUUGUAGCUCUCCCACCCAGUCCUGCAGCCGUCUCUCUGAUCAUACGUGUACUAAGCUGGCACAUAAAGCUCAUUCCUCUGCUCCGUUUCACCUGCGGCUAUCACCUGGGUGUUUAUACUACAAGAAACAGAGAUUGUCUGAUAUGUUAACUCUCAGCGGGAAGCCAGAACCAACAGCCAAAAAAACUCUUUUUAUUUGUACCUGCAGGUGCAUGUUUUAUAGGUUGGUUUACACUUAUUAAAUUCUGGUUCAGUUCUGAAGCAUGCCUGGUUUGCACUGGUUUUGAGUAACUUUGCAUGGUUUUUUAUCACUAGUUACUGGGCUUAGGCUUUUGUGUUUAAUAAUUGGCAAAGGAAAAAAAUUCAUCAAAGGGCUCAGUACUGUUUAUUGGUAUUUUGUAAUAAAAAUUGAACUGGUAUGUAUGAGAAUAAAAGAAAAGAACAAUUGUGUUCAGCUUGAAACUGUGAAGGUUAAAAAAAGUUUCAAAUGUUGUGAUCACUCUUAGGUUGCAGCAGUGGGGCUGUGCUGAUUCCCUUAGUGUAAACUGACCUUUUAGAGAACAGAAUGUGAGUUCAGGCAUGGUGGAUGGUGUCUACAGCAUGCUCUGGGAAUGUUUCCAUCAUCAUGUCUUAGUUGGGAAGACAUGCCCGCAGACGACAGUGUGGAGAAAUUUUCAUUCAUACCAUGCAGAUAGUGAAGUGAAUGAAUGAGACUGAAAUACUGCACAGAUGGGCUAGGGGGCUUUUUUUUUUAAUCUCAUUAUUCCAUUAUGGUUUGCUUUACGUACACAACAAUUUUGUAGGAUUUUAUUUUGUAUUUCAUCACUGGCUGUGAAAAGCUAUAUAUAUUGUAUCAGAGGAGACACCUUGGAGAAGUGGUAACAUGCGUAUUAGUACAGCGUUUUAGAAGGUUUUAUAUUCAACUAUUCUUUCUGUCAUCACAGUCAGUGUUUUAUGGGCUUUCAUAUGUGACCAGACAGGUUAGGGAGAUACAACAGACAGUAAUGGGGAGAUGACUGUUUAUGUAAAAGGAAGAAUGAUCUAACUGUCAGCAGUAAUUGAUCACACGGCAGUGUGCUGGAGACCUCUAGAGACCUGCUGGGGUUCCUGCAUGACCAGACAGCUAGUGUGAAUAAUAAAAUAUAUCAUUUUAUCGGGAGCUAGGUUGUUCCCAGGGAGCCUUCCUGCCAUCAUGUAGAAGGCCUCUGGGCUCAAAGGAUGGCCUACCUUUUCAAAAACGGCUGGAGGGCUUAUGAAUUUUUUUUUUGGGAGUGACAGUAUUUUUGUAGUUGGACUCCCUGUAAAUUGAUGACCAAAAUUCUUAGGACUCCAUGUACUAGUACUCCAUAUCCUGGGGAAACCCCUGAUUGAUCCUGGGGAAACCCCUGAUUGGGAGUGUUCACAAUGUGUAAUCUCUCUAACAGGGGACUUACACUGAUACAGAGACAAUACUCUGGCUAGUGCAAAAGGUGGAAGAGGGGCAAUUGUAUCAACUAUCAAAUUAUAAUAUAUACGUUUAAUACAGCACAUAGAUAAAGUGUUAGAAGUGACUGGUUUUGUAAAUAAAACAGACAAGCGAAAAAUAUUGAGUUACCUGUCACCAAGAUCCAUAACGGCAAAUGAUGGGAGAAGAUUUCAAUCUGGACUUGCUAGUAGGCACGUAUUAACAGCACCACACAGAAUUUAAUGCAUUUUGAUUUUUGUAAGGUCGAUGUAGAUUAUCCAAGUUGGAUCAGUUGCAUUGUAAGUUGCUAUCUUCCAUUCUGAAACUUACGAUUUUUAUUUGUGUUGAAUUUCCUAUUUUGAACUGCAAUCUGUCUUAAUUGGUGUUUAUACUUACAGGCAAUUCCAGGCCUGAAGAAAAUAACACAAAUUUAAAGGGAAUUACGAUGUAUUGACAUACUUGUGUGCAACUGGGGUACUAUAAGAUUAUCUAAUUGAACCACAUUUACUAGUAUGGAGUUUUCUCCAAGUCUUCAAAUAUUUCUUAACUGGUAAUAUUUGUAUGCAUAUGGUGUCACUUGUGAAGAAAAAACUGUUAAUACAGUCUGGGGAAAAAGGCUCUGAUGUGUAUGUGUGGAAGAUUUUAUUCUAUCAGUAAAAUAUUACUCAAUGUAUAGGAUUUUAAUUGGGCCAAUAUUAUUCAAUAUAUAGGGUAUAUAAUCACAUUACGUGGCACGUAUUAGAGCUGUAGCCACACUUUCACCACCUGUUCGUAACAUUUAUUGACUGAGUUCAUAACGUAAGUAAUAAGACAUGUUCACUCUAGGUCUGAGACUGCUUUAGCUCAAAAAUCUGUGAAGGAAGCAUUUUAUUUACCCAUAUCAUAGAGCUACCAUUGAAUUUGAGAUUGAUGGGAAGUUCAGAGAAAUUUUUAACGGUAUUUUAUUGUUUUGAGAUUGAAUUUUAAGUUAAUCACCUAAAAAGGACCUGCUAACUUAUCAGACCUAGACCUCGCUAGUAUUUAAUACCAUAGUUUUUAAAUCGAUUGAGGACUUUAAAACAAAACAUGAGUUUGGAAAAUAAGAUUUUUCCCAAUGUAUUUGAUAAUUCCCGUUAAUCCAUGUUGAAAGACACUUGUUGUUAGAUGCUAUGUUUAAAUUUAAGACUCAAGUCAGUCUGCAGUGAUCCCGUGUGAAUGCGUCUUGUAGACAUGAGGAAAUCCACCAGGAACCUCAGCUGUGGAAGAUACAGCACUGCUACCAACCAAUAACAGACCCCGUCUCACUCAGCCUGGUUUGAAACUCACAUUACUGGUGGAGCUUUUCACCAAACGCUAAAGAAGCUGGUGGUACUGGGUGAAAGAAGACUUCAGAUAUCUGAUCCUUUUUUUUCCUGUAAAUUUGGUAACAAAUAAGCUGUUUGCUAGAUUUAUUGGUUUGUGGACACCACUUAUUCACUUUUCUUAGUAUGCUGAAUAUGGACAAUGCGCUGUGUUCAUAGACAUGUAACAAUUGGAUACUUGUGUCUGAAGACGUAUAACAAUUGGAAUUGCCGUGUUUCAGUAUAAAUAACAAUAGAAUUUUCUGUAUUUCAAGACAUAAAACAUAGGAUUUGUUGUGUUUGAAGACAUAUAUUACAAUUGGAAUUUCUGUGUUUGAAGAAAAAUAACAAUUGGAAUUUCUGUGUUCACAGACAUAUGAUAAUAGGAGUAUCUAGAAAAUACUGUGUUGUUUCCUAUAAGUAAACAAACCAAUCAGGGGUUGAAUGUAACGAGAAGGGGACUUGUAUGGUGGCUGUUGGAUAUUCCUAAAUGCCUUCUGAGGUUGUCAAAAUGAGCCGAUUUCUGGAAUCUCUCUUUGAAUAUUCUGCUGCAAAAAAGAAGCAACUAUCUUUUUACAGAAACCUAGGCAAGUCAGGCCUGAAGGUUUCAAAUGUUGGACUAGGAACAUGGGUGACAUUUGGAGCACAGAUCACAGAUGAGAUGGCGGAGGAAAUGGUGACGUUGGCCUAUGACAGUGGAAUAAAUGUUUUCGAUACUGCUGAGGUGUAUGCCGGUGGAAAAGCGGAAAUCGUGCUUGGUAAAAUAUUGAAGAAAAAAGGAACAUGGGUGACAUUUGGAGCACAGAUCACAGAUGAGAUGGCGGAGGAAAUGGUGACGUUGGCCUAUGACAGUGGAAUAAAUGUUUUCGAUACUGCUGAGGUGUAUGCCGGUGGAAAAGCGGAAAUACCUCCGAAAAUUUUUUUUGCACUUGCAGAAGCAUAUAGAUAUGCCCAAGGGAGCUCCAAUAGUAGCGUCUCUGGGGAGAUGACACACCAGGAGCUUCGGUUUCCGCGAUACAUGGAAGAAAUUGUGCGUGCUUUCACUCAUGUGAUCAACCAGGGCUGGGCUAUGUACUGGGGAACAUCCAGGUGGAAUGCCAUGGAGAUUAUGGAAGCCCACUCUGUGGCCCGUCAGUUCAACUUGAUUCCACCAAUUGCAGAGCAGGCGGAGUAUCACCUGUUCCAGCGUGAAAAAGUGGAACUAAGCAUGCCAGAGCUGUACAACAAAAUAGGUAUAGGUACCAUGACCUGGUCUCCUCUAGCUUGUGGUAUUCUGACUGGGAAAUAUGAUGAUGGAGUGCCCAUCUACUCCAGAGCAGCCACCAAGGGUUAUGGCUGGCUGAAAGAUAAGAUUCUAUGUGAGGAGGGGAGAAGACAGCAGUCUAAGCUGAGAGAGGUGGCAGGGAUUGCAGACAAACUGGGAUGUACACUAGCCCAGCUGUCUAUUGCUUGGUGUUUGAAGAAUGAGAAUGUUCAGUGUGUGCUGCUGGGAGCAGCUUCUGUGGAUCAAUUGUACGAAGAUAUCCAGGCAUUGCAGGUCAUCCCAAAACUGACGCCUCCCAUCUUGGCUGACCUAGAUAAGGUCCUCGGCAACCGCCCCACGUAUAAGAAAGAGCCUCGGGACAGGUGACUAGAGCCGGAAGCGCAGCCUCGACCAGAACCACAGCGCAAGAGCGCACGUGCAGCCAUGUUGGCAGCCAAAAAAGACGGACAAAAUCAAGUGUGUGUUUUAUCUUGACAUAGAGCACCAUGCCUGGUUGUCUUGGACUUUGUUGUAAAUACACUGCCAUUGUUCACUGUGUGAAGUGACAAUCACCAGGGAGAAAUCUCUCAAACUGGCUGAUCUGCGGGUUCGUCUGUGUAUUUGAACUGACACUGAGGACUUACAGACUGUACAGAUUGAUCAGCAAGUUUCCCAGUGUGUGUGUGAGUGAGUGAACUCUCUCUCAGUGCCAUGGCACGUUUAGUUGGUCAUCUACUUGUACCUUUGAACAAAAUGACUUUUUAAUGAUGUCGUAAGUGACAGCAUAUCCAAAACCUUUAGUCCAGGCCUUCAGCAGUGCAGUUCCUUACUAGGACCUUGGUUGUUAUUUGUUUUGUGCUGGAUAUCUCAAAGCACAUGUUUACUUUCCUGGGAUAAUUAACAUUAUUUAUUUGUUGUGCCACAGUUUGUUUACACAUUCAUAACUGUCAGUAUGAUGCGCCUCGGGCCAGAGAAGAAAAGGAUAUUUUCCCAGAGUCACAUUGAAUUUUCUUUUCCAUUUCUACACUUGACACCUACUGAAGAAGUACCUGGAUGUUUUCCUUGUCACAUUGUCACCAUAUGACGUGUGUCACACUAUCCUCACAUUUUUGAAGACAGGUUUUCAGUUUGUGAAUUCUCUAGGUAUGGUGUGAGCUAGAUGUAGGUGAUGGACCGAGGUUGUUAAUAUGCAACUCAGGAGCCAUACUCAGUUCUCCAUCACAGCAUUGUAGCACAAACCAGACUUGAUGUUUAUAUGUGUGAUUAUUUAGACACAGAUUGGAAGUCAAUGCACACAAGUUCACCAGGUUUACUCCUUUGUUCAGGGAUGAGAUUUUUUCUAACUGUCGGCAGAUUUCUGACUUUAUGGGAGUCAAAAAUAUUAUUGGCCUAGGCAGCCAUAUGACUUUUUAACUCAAUGGCAGUCUCAUCCCUGAUAUUCAGAGGUGUGGAAAACUCAUUUUGUUGACUGAAGAACAGAAAGAGAUUAGUAACAACACUGCCAGGAUUGGAGUGCCACCUAUGGUUGAGAUGACAUACUACAGGCACAGUGCUGCCAUCUUCAGUCAAACUCAUUGUGCUGGCAUUUUUUAUUGAUCUAGAUUUAGGCACAGUGUGGAUUUUGUGGAUUUAUACUUGUGUGUGUGCUCCUACGUUAAACAUAUGUGUACACAGAUAAUGUGUGACCAAAGAACUUGGUUUAGAAAUUUUAAAUGGUAUGAUUAAAGAAAAAAGAACAUAUUUAUCUGAAGAAAGACUCAAAUAUAGAAAAGCACUCAGAUGGUACAUAGUUUGUAGAUAUGUCCAGCUGUGUAUGGACUACAGUAGGAAAAAAAACCCUGAGAUAUAUCAAAUAUUUUGACUUUGAUGAUUUAAUGUCAGAUUUCAUUGUUGUUCUGUUGACUUAAAGCUGCUGGUUUUCAUGCCAUUGGAGAUGUCCCCUGCUCGCAAGGCUUCUCUUCAAAAAGGAGGUAGGAAAAACAUGGACUAAUACCAGCUUCCUGGCUUGACUGACGAUCUAUUGGACUGAUGAUAAAAUGCAGGAGAAAUGUAAAAAAAAAAAGAAAAAAAACACCAUAGUUUAAUGCAUUUGCAAUCUCCAAGUUAUGAGCAGUUUUUCUCAAUAAUUCGUUUUCAGUGGCUGACUAUUUAAGUGUUGUGGAAGAUGAACAUUUGUCUCGGUCAAACACUGGUGGGAGACCAGACACUGAUGCCAGACUUACGUGACAUCUUGAACACUGCAACAGUGUGUGACAUCAUUGUGUGACAUCAUGUCGCUGGGAAUAUAUGAAGUCGCCAAUAGAAAUGUCAUGAGAACUGAAAAUAUGUCACACUUUGAUCAUGACAUUAUGACAUCAGAUAUGAUGUCACACCUUCAAAGGAAGUCACUUUUUUGCAGUACUGUAUUUUGUCACACUGUUGUGAUGAUGUCACAAGUAACUUAAAAACACUGAUUGUGAUGUCAUACUGCUGAAAUGAUAUCACAAUAACUUACAGCAUUGGUUGUGAUGUCACACUGCUAUUAUGAUGUCACACUGCUGAUAUAAAUAUACAGCACACUGUGCAACUGAGAGUGCAAUGCAUUGGGUGAUACAUUAUUGUU